CUGAAGCUUGGGCAUAAUUCUUUUCUGGGCCAAGAAAUGAUCUGCCACUCAAUGGGAUUUCCCAAACUAAAAUGUCUCGAGCUUCAUGGUUUGGGUAACUUAAAGCAGUGGAAAGUGGAAGAAGGGGCCAUGCCUGAGCUCUCAAGUUUACGGAUACGGGAGUGUAAAGUAUUGGAAAUGAUUCCAGAUGGGUUGAGAUGUUUGACCACCCUAGAGGAGGUAUCUCUAGUGGAAAUGCCUGAACUAUUCAACAAUAGAGUUAGGAUAGAGAGUGGUUGUCAACAAGGAGAAGAUUAUGAUAAAAUAAGCCACGUGCCUUCAGUUAAAAUCCAUAGAUUUGUUGGUACAACUUAUCAAGUGGAAAUUGUUCGUCCAAGCAACGCUGUUUAACAAAACCUGGGUCUUGUCUUAAGAAAAUUCU